GGCAACAUGGCGUCUCCCGACGUGCACGUCCGAAUAUGUGAACAAGAAAUAUUAAAAUAUGACCUGGAGGUCAAGGCUCUCAUCCAGGAUAUCAACGAGUGCAGAGGUCCUCAAAGCAAGUUAACAGAACUAAACACACACGUGAAAAAAAGUUUCCACAAUCUACGACUGCGCAUACAAAAUUUAGAGCAGAUGGCGAUGGAGCAGGACAAAGAGUCCGACAAGCAAGCCUUGAUUAUCCAGGUUGAGGGACACAGGAAACAAAUGCUCAGCAACCAGACCGCCUGGAGGAAGUCGAACCUGGCCAGCAAGUUGUCAAUCGACAAUAUGGAGAAGCAGGCGCUCCUUAAUGGAGCUGAUAGUGGCGCGAGACAGAGAAAGACCACCAAAGAAGGCCUGGCCCAAACGUCUAGUGACAUUACAAAGAAUUUGAUGAGCAUCAGUCGAAUGAUGGCCCAACAGGUGAAUCAAAGCGAGGAGACCAUGACAACAUUAGCAACGUCAUCCCGGACCAUUCAAGAGACCAAUGAUGAAUUCAAGACAAUGACUGGGACCAUUCAGCUCGGGAGGAAGCUCAUCACCAAGUAUAACCGCAGGGAGCUCACUGAUAAACUGCUCAUCUUCCUCGCGCUGGCACUCUUCCUCGCCACAGUCUUCUACAUCUUAAAGAAAAGACUUUUCCCCUUCUUUUGA